GGUAGUUUUAUGAAAGUAAAAGCCUUUUUUUGCUGAGACAACAACUGAACCACCAAACUAGAUGACCCUCCCUCCUGUAGAUCACCUCUGCAUCUACGUCACGUACGUCCACGUUUCACUGCAGCACAUCACCACAUUCCCACUGAGCUACAUUCACACCACUUCACCUCCUCACAGCCGCUCUGAGAACAACUCAAAAUGGGAAAAAUUAACAGAUGCCUCAAGCGUGUCUUCAUUAUCUUCAAUUCGCUGUUUGUAAUCAUCGGAAGUGUGCUGAUCUGCUGUACAGUGAGGCUCAGCGACUACAGCCACGAGGUCUCUGGGAACGGAGUCUUGGCCCUGGUCUGGUCUUGGGUGUUUGGCAUCACCAUCAUUGGCAUCUCCUCCCUGGGAAUAUCUGCCGCCCGCUCAGAGAGCGUAUUUGCUUUAAAAACAUUUGCAGGUUUCAUGGGGGCUGGACUGAUCAUCAUGCUGAUCUGUGGCUUCAUUGUCGUUGCCAAAGGAAACGAGUUGAAAGAAGCCUUUAACAUGAACUACAGAAAACAUAUAGACUCCAUCAUGAAACACGAGGAUGGAAGGAAGUUGCUCAAAAGCCUCCAGGAAUCUGACAAGUGCUGUGGGUUUAUGAAAGCUGAGGACUGGGGCUCUGACAUCCCACAGUCCUGUGCUUGCAAUGGCACCUUAGAAUGUAAAUCCAGGCCUGGAACAACUGGCCCGGACCAGAUCUACGCAAAGGGCUGCAGGGAGGACAUCUUCCAGUACAUAGACAUGAUCAUAAUCGGCAUCUCGUUUGGAUUUUCCCCUAUUGCACUUCUGGGUUUGCUGGCUUCCCUCUUCAUGAUCCGCCAGAUCCAAAACCAUGACAGCUCAGCAGGAGAAUAUUCCAUGGCCAUGAAGGACUUCCAAAGAGGAGCCCUGUGACCUUUAACCUCUGCACUGUUCAGGAGGAACCGGUUAAUGACCUCAUUAAUGAGCUUUAUUAGCUUCGCUAGGUUAAUGUGUGUGUCUCUUAAAAAGUUUCUUUGCUGAAACAAACAUGGGAGCAUUUUUCAUCUCAAUUAUAAGAAAGUGUUAGCAGCUAACAGGCUAACAGGCUAACACGCUAACGUUUAAACAGAGUGAUGUCAUCAUGGUUUGUUAUGGAUCAAAUCCACACUGAAAAAAGUAUAACCUUCCUCAAACUAAAAAAAAUGAUGUCCGGAUAUCACAUCUAAAAUAUUUGACUUCAUAGAAUCUAACUUCUUAUGACCUGAUUAUUUUAUGUUGAUGUAAACAAUAAUACUGCACUUGACUCAACGUUAAUUCUUUGCUUUGAUCCAAAUUAUUUCCUUAAUAUUUCAGUCAUUGGACCAAACUAAUAAAUUUAAAUUGAACCAACCUAAUAUAAUUACUUUUAACUGAAUUAUCGUUUGCAUUGACACCAGUUACUUUAUUUACAUAUACCCAAACUAUAUUUUUCACAUUUUAUUUAACUUCAAAAAUAAAUUGUUUCCCACCUUAUAAACUCUAUAAAAAAAGACACUUGGCCAACAGAUUACAUUAAAUCACUUUAUUAAUCUUUAACAUAUGCAAAAUCUUUCAGUUGAAUUUACAAUAAAUAAUUGGAUAAGUUUUGCAUGACUUUCACAGUAAGAAUUAUAGCAAUAUACCGUGAAAUAUAUUCACAGAAAUUUACUGUAAUUUUACAUAUGUGAUAUUACAAUGCAUUGUUGUAAAAACACAACUGUGUACUGUAACUUUACAGCUUCAAUGACGAAGCAAUUACUGUGAUAUUACAGUACAUUACUGGGGAAUUACAACCUUUUUUUUUGAGAUGAAGUUUCCAUUUACUAUGAAUUUACAAUCAUUGUACAAUCCCAGAAUGAAGUCCCAGAAAAUCAUGAGUCCACACACAACAGCGUUGUGUAAAAAUCUUUUAGUGCAAAGUUGUCUUAAAAAAGUAUGAAAAGAACUAGGCUCAGAAAAGAACUAACUGAGCCUAACAACUGCUCCUGCUGCACAUCCUUUUCAAAAGGGUCUGAGAGCAUUUUGCUCCGCUUUUAAAGAAAAUUUGCACUCUACUUCAUUCAAUACAUUCACAUUUUGCAAUAGACAUUGCAAAAUCACAUAGCCUGCCCCAAAACAUAAUAAAAAGCUGUGAUUGGACCGGUAGGUAUUUGUUGGACCAUUGUGAGAGUAACAUGUGCACAUACCCAGACUGAUCUGCAGAGUGAAAUUGAUAUGAGUUUGCUAGAUCAGGAUGGUCUCACCAGGCUAGCCUCAGGUACCUCCUUUGUCAGCAUUUUAGACCUCGAGACAAUCACCGAGUUGGAAGCCUGUACUAUAAUGUGAAUUACAAGGUUGGAUGUGAUCUUUAUGAAAUACCUUUGAAUGAACUCCAGCGUCGACAUUCCAGUGGCAGGAUACUGAAGGUUGAAGACGUAAUAGAUGCUGAAGAAAGCAGCUACUCUGUGUAACAAUAAAGGGUGUGGAUCGAUGGAUAUAAGCCAUCCAGAGCGCUUCAUCAUGUCGCCUGAAAUGAAUAGAUUCAUCAUUAUGUGUUAUGAGCACUUUGAGAUCUGCUUCAGAUACAAGGGGCUGUACAAAUGUAAUUCUUAUUAUAAUUAUAUUUAUCAUUAUUAUAAUUCAUUGUGGUCAUGUAGAUUUCUAUAAUCAAAACAAAAUACUGAGUUAGAAAUGUCGAUAUCAAAAUAACAUUACCUUGAAUGAUCAAGCAGGGGGUGCUGGGGAGUUCUGCAGUAUUAAUUUCCACAGCAGUGGCACAUGGCUGUAACAUAGCGCAACACAAUAGCAUGGAAUUAACAUUAAAGGAUAAAGGCUGUUAUUACAUAUAGCGAUAAUCCACCGCGAUAAUGAGAUACAUUUAAACAUAAACCGUAAUUUUUAUUGCGUAAAGUUUCACCGCGCUUUACCGUAAUACCGGUAACCGUUACAUCUCUCGGCAACUUUACUCGAAUAUGCAGCAAAACACUUACAUGUAACGUUACCACCGCCGCACGCUCUCGCUGCACGAGACCCCGCGAACGAACAUGCCAACAGGUAACUGUUACUGAGAGUCCGGAACGAAAACAUAUCCGAAUGGAAACAACUGGCAACUAAUGUUAACUGACCAGCAUCCUCCAGUUCAGCUUCAAAUCAAACCUGGGACUACAUGACCUAACCAUAUAACACAUUGAAAAGGAACUUAAAAAAUUUCCCAGAGGGAAUUUUCUAGUAUGACACUGUUCUUGAACAAAAACCUGUAACCAAAACCAUUUUUCUGCACAGACUAAUUACAGGCUUUGGGGGUUGUUAAGUUGUUUACAUAUUAUUUAUAUUUUCACCAGUUGUUGUUUUUGUUCUUGAGAAUUUUAAUUUAAUUUUUGUAUUGUAGUUUCUCAACAGUACUAGUUUGUUUUAGUUUGUUUACUGGUUUGCGUGCACUUUUUAUUUAAGAUUUUUCUGGAAAAAAAUUGAUAAUAAAGCAUUUUCUAU